CAGCAGCAGCAGCGCCAGCAGCAGAAAUGAUGGAAGAAUUGCACAGCCUGGACCCACGAAGGCAGGAGCUGUUGGAGGCCAGGUUCACAGGAGUGGGUGUUGCAAAGGGUCCAUUGAACAGUGAGUCUUCAAACCAGAGCUUGUGCAGCGUGGGCUCUCUGAGUGAUAAAGAAUUGGAGACUCCUGAGAAAAAACAGAAUGACCAGCGGAAUAGAAAAAGGAAAGCAGAUGCAUAUGAAACCAGUCAAGGAAAAGGCACUCCUAGAGGACAUAAAAUUAGUGAUUAUUUUGAGUUUGCUGGGGGAAGUGGCCCAGGAACCAGUCCCGGCAGAAGCGUGCCGCCUGUCGCCAGAUCUUCACCACAGCAUUCCUUAUCCAACCCCUUACCGCGGCGAGUGGAGCAGCCGCUGUAUGGGGUAGAUGGCACCACAGCAAAGGAACCGCAGGAGGAACACUCUGCUCUGCCAACGCUGAUGUCGGUGAUGCUGGCGAAACAGCGACUAGAGAAUGAGCAGCUGGCGCAGAGGGGAGGUGGCCUCUGUUUUACUUUUGUCUCGGCCCAGCAAGGCAGCCCAUCUUCUACAGGAUCAGGGAACACUGAGCAUUCCUGCACUUCCCAAAAACAGAUUUCCAUCCAGCACAAACAGUCACAGUCUGACCUCACAAUGGAAAAAAUAUCUGCACUAGAAAACAGUAAGAAUUCUGACUUGGAGAAGAAGGAGGGGAGGAUAGAUGACUUAUUAAGAGCCAACUGUGAUUUGAGACGGCAGAUUGAUGAACAACAGAAGAUGCUGGAGAAGUACAAAGAGCGGUUGAACAGAUGUGUAACGAUGAGCAAGAAGCUUCUAAUAGAAAAGUCGAAACAGGAGAAGAUGGCAUGCAGAGAUAAGAGCAUGCAGGACCGACUGAGGCUGGGGCACUUCACUACAGUGCGGCACGGCGCGUCUUUCACUGAGCAGUGGACGGAUGGUUAUGCUUUCCAGAACCUCAUCAAGCAACAGGAAAGGAUAAAUUCCCAACGGGAAGAAAUAGAAAGGCAACGAAAAAUGUUAGCGAAACGGAAGCCACCUGCAAUGGGACAGACACCCCCAGCAAGCAAUGAGCAGAAGCAGCGCAAGAACAAGACCAAUGGAGCAGAAAAUGAAACGUUAACGUUAGCAGAAUAUCAUGAACAGGAAGAAAUCUUCAAACUACGACUAGGUCAUCUUAAAAAGGAAGAAGCAGAGAUCCAGGCAGAGUUGGAACGGCUAGAAAGGGUUAGAAAUCUACAUAUCAGGGAAUUGAAAAGGAUACACAAUGAAGAUAAUUCACAAUUUAAAGACCAUCCAACGCUAAAUGAUAGAUAUUUGUUGCUACAUCUUCUGGGUAGAGGCGGCUUCAGUGAAGUUUAUAAGGCUUUUGAUUUAACAGAACAGAGAUAUGUAGCUGUGAAAAUACACCAGUUAAAUAAGAACUGGAGAGAUGAGAAGAAAGAAAACUAUCACAAACAUGCGUGUAGAGAGUACAGAAUUCACAAAGAACUGGAUCAUCCUCGAAUAGUUAAGCUAUAUGACUACUUUUCGCUGGAUACCGACUCGUUUUGUACAGUGUUAGAAUACUGUGAGGGAAAUGAUCUGGACUUCUACCUGAAACAGCACAAGUUAAUGUCAGAGAAAGAGGCACGAUCCAUUAUCAUGCAGAUUGUGAAUGCUUUAAAAUACUUAAAUGAAAUCAAACCUCCCAUCAUACACUAUGACCUUAAACCAGGUAAUAUUCUUCUAGUCAAUGGUACUGCAUGUGGAGAGAUAAAAAUCACAGAUUUUGGACUUUCCAAAAUCAUGGAUGAUGACAGCUACAACUCUGUUGAUGGCAUGGAACUGACAUCGCAGGGGGCUGGUACUUACUGGUAUCUGCCACCGGAAUGCUUUGUGGUUGGGAAAGAGCCUCCAAAGAUUUCAAAUAAAGUUGAUGUCUGGUCAGUGGGAGUCAUUUUCUAUCAGUGUCUCUAUGGUAGAAAGCCCUUUGGCCACAACCAGUCACAACAAGAUAUUCUGCAGGAGAACACAAUCUUGAAAGCUACCGAGGUGCAGUUCCCUCCAAAGCCAGUAGUCACACCAGAAGCAAAGGCGUUUAUCAGACGCUGUUUGGCCUACCGAAAGGAAGAUCGGAUAGAUGUCCAGCAGCUGGCCUGUGACCCCUACUUGCUGCCUCAUAUCCGCAAAUCUGUAUCCACAAGCAGCCCAGCUGGAGCUGCCAUUGCCUCAACCUCUGGAUCAUCCAAUAACAGCUCUUCAAACUGAGACAGAGUAAUAGGCCAAAAACUGCUUGAGAAACCGUCAAAAAAGAUUUUCGGAAACAGCUUUGGAAUAGAGGAAUCCGCAAGGGUCUCAAGAAACCUCUACCAGGUGCUUUUUUUCUCUUGCUUUUUUCCAUCCAUAGAGCAUGACAACAUCAACUCUCAUCAAGAAAACCUUUGGCAUCAUAGGCCAAGCCAUGUGGAUAGGAAUUGGCUUGAGGUUUAUCUGCUAAAUGACCACAAAGGGUGGCUGCUCUGAGCAAGGAGGGGAAACUCAAGAAAAAAAAAAAAAAAAAGAAAGAAAGAAAAAAAAAACUAAGCUUAAAAAAAGACAUGGUUCCAUGUACUGUGAACUUCUGAACAUGCAGCCUUGGGGAAUCCAGGACGCGGUGUGUGCUUCAUAUGAAGAAUGUGGACUGUGGAAAAAGACUGGGCUAGUCCAGUGUGGAUAUUUAAACAUUGUUCUUUUUCUUUUAAUAAAAUUUAGGUAACAUCUCCUGAAAAGCUCGAAGCACCAAGGUUCAGCUGGGGAUGGUAUAUGACUCUUUGCCCUUUGGAGGGGAAAAAAAGUUGAUCCUGCCUGUUCAUGGCACUAGAGUUAGUGUUUUACCCGUAAUUAAUUUCAGUUUUUUAAAAUAAUGAUUUUUUU